AUGACGCGGCCAUCGUGCCUAGUGCUAGUCUCGCUGUGGCUGUGUUUGGUGCUAGACAACGCUCGGAGUGUCAGCGGUGACGUAACGACGCCAGCAACAGCGGCAACAACUGGCCCCAACAUGACCGACGUUCAACAGGUUUUCGCUCAGCAUGAAGUGAUUCCCGACGUGAUCGACGUCGCACCGAAAGAGUUCGCAAAGAUCUCCUAUCCAAGCGGUGUGUCCGUUGACGGGGGCAAUGAACUGCGACCGACGCAGGUUAAGGAUCAGCCGCGCGUAGAGUGGACGGCCAAUCCGGACGCGUUUUACACCCUCUUUAUGGUGGAUCCUGAUGCACCCAACAGGAAGGAACCGAAGUUUCGUGAGAUUGGCCACUGGCUGGUGGGUAACAUUCCCGGUACGCGUGUCGAUGAGGGCGACCAUAUGUACGCGUUUGUUGGUUCAGGACCUCCGAAUGGUUCCGGACUGCACCGGUACGUGUUCCUGGUGUACGAGCAGCCGAACGGGCGGAUUGAUUUCUCGAAGGCACCGCGGGUUUCCAACCGAAGCCGAAAUCAUCGCGUUAACUAUCGCCACCGGGAGUUCGUCAAGGAGUACGGGUUGGGUGAGUUGGUUGCUGGGAAUUUCUACCAGGCACAGUACGACGACUACGUACCGACCCUGCACGCCCAACUGUCGUCCGGCACUGAGUAGAAUGAUAAGCACAUGAAAAGAAGCUGUUUUUUGUCAACGAAUUGAGGAAAAAAUAGCAAGACA